AGAAGUGGGUGUUAAUUUGUUUUAGUUUAGCAAUCAUGAAGCAAAAAAUAGUUAUCCAGUUGGAAAUGGACUGUGACAAAUGCCGAAACAAAGCCCUGAAAAUCGCUGCGGAGGUACCAGGUGUGAGUUCGGUGUCCCUAGAUGGCGACGACAAGGAUCGUGUGGCGGCUACUGGCGAAAAUGUGGACUUGGUUUGCUUGGCAAACCAGCUGAAGAAAAAGUUUCGGUCUGUGAUCAUUGUGAGUGUGGAAGACAUGAAGAAAACGGCCGAAGAGAAGAAGAAGAAGGAUGAGGAAGAAAAGAAGAAGAAAGAGGAGUUAGAGCUGAAGAGGCAGGAAAAGGAAGAAAAGUUGAAAAAGUUGUUACAUAUUGCUUUGUGUAAAAAGUGCAAAAGCUCAAGUUGCCAUGGUAAGUGUCACACAAGUUGCACAAUGUGCCUAAGCUCAAAUUGUGAUGGGGAGUGUUUCAUCGUUAGUGUUGAAUGUGAGAUCAGUAAGUGCGAGGGUCAUGAUCAUGAUGAGUGUAAGCCAUGCCCUAAUUGCAACAGCAGCAAGUGCCAUGGUUGUAAGCCAAGUACUCCUUCACCAUGUCCAAAAUGGUGCACCUGUCCCAAAUGCUGUUUGCCCUAUCAACCUUGUUAUUACCCUUACCCUAACCAAGUAAUUUAUUAUGAUUCAUGCCCUGAUUCUACUUGCUCCAUCAUGUGAUCAUCCACCACAACUUAAGUGCCACUAUAUAUGCAAACCAUAUGCUUUAAUAUUUGUAUUUAAUAAGAUGUUUGUAAUAUCCAAUCUUCGCUUAAUUUGUUCAUGGUAAUUUGCUUUCGUUUCGUGUAAAUUUUCCUACUUGGAUUCUAAUUCUUAUUGUUGGGUGAGUCUCGGUUUGUAUCCACCUUCUUAUGAUAUUAUUAAUAAAGAAAUUAAUAUUAACGUA